AUGCUUGUGUCCUGUUUGAAAUGUCAUUGCCCCGUCUGCUUUUUCUGUUUGUGUCGCGCAGUCGACAGUCAGAACCUGGCAACUGACAACGUGACGGUCAUCGAGGGAGAAAUGGCCACCAUUAGCUGCAGAGUGAGGAACAACGACGACUCCGUCAUCCAGCUGCUCAACCCCAACAGACAGACCAUCUACUUCCGAGAUGUCCGACCCCUCAAGGACAGCCGGUUCCAGCUGGUGAAUUUCUCCGACAACGAACUCCGGGUGUCUCUGUCCAACGUGUCACUCGCCGACGAGGGGCGCUACGUGUGCCAGCUCUACACAGAUCCUCCUCAGGAAGCCUACGCAGACAUCACCGUACUGGUCCCACCAGGCAGCUCAAUCAUCGACAGCCGGGAGGAUGUGGUCAGCGAGGGAAACGAGACGGAGUUCACCUGCACUGCCAUGGGCAGCAAGCCAGCCGCCUCCAUCAGAUGGAUGAAGGGGGAGGAAGAACUGACAGGUGAAACAACAGUUGAGGAGAUGUAUGACAGGAUGUUUACCGUCACCAGCCGGGUGAAGUUUUCCGUCACUAAAGACGAUGAUGGAGUGCCAGUGGAGUGCAUCGUAGACCACCCAGCUGUGAAAGACCUCCUGGUCCAAAGACACUUGGAAGUGCUGUAUAAACCAGAGGUGAAGAUUGUGGUAACAUAUCCAGAGGGACUGACCAGAGAGGGUGACCAUCUAGAUUUGACGUGUAUCGCUGAAGGAAAACCACAUCCCCAUCAGAUCAACUGGCUGAGAGUGGACGAGGAUGUGCCCCCUCACGCUGUGGUCACCGGUUCUGAUCUGUACAUUGAGAACCUCAACAAGUCUUACAACGGUACCUAUCGCUGUGUGGCAUCUAAUGCUGUGGGAGAGGCCUACGAUGACUACAUCCUGUAUGUAUAUGAUGCUCCCACUACUAUCCCCACACCCACCACCAAUCCAGUCAACACGCAAGACUCACGAGCCGGUGAGGGGGCACCACAAAAAAUUGAUCAUGCUGUCAUUGGAGGCGUGGUUGCCGUGGUGAUGUUUGCAAUCCUCUGUGCGCUCAUCGUUCUGGGUCGAUACUUCGCUAGACACAAAGGAACUUACUUCACACACGAAGCCAAAGGGGCCGACGAUGCUGCUGACGCAGAUACAGCCAUCAUUAACGCGGAGGGGGGACACAACAACACAGAUGAGAAGAAGGAGUAUUAUAUCUAAACUUGACAGGCCAGGAAAGACGGGUGGGGGGGGAUGGCGUGGCUUGUGGUGCUGUGGGAGCAUUAUGUCCAACUCUUGACCGGUUUUGAUUGGAGAUGGCUUUGGGGUGAAGAGGGAAAGCUUUUAAAAGAAAGAGAGGAAGGAAGAAUGUGGAAAGUAGGACUAGCAUGGCCAUGUGGUGAGAAGAGAAUGUUGCUGAGUCUCCUAUCCGACCCUUCCUGGACUGCUGGGCCCUACUCUGUACAGUUCAAUUAUUUUACAGACAAUUUUGUGCCUUGUUCUAUUUCUUUUGUUUGUUUUGUUGUUUUCCUUUCACAUGCUUGUUGGAUUGGAUUGUUCAUCCUGUACACCACUUAAUCGGUUGUUGCUUUUGGCUUUCAGAGGAGAUUAAAUGGGUCUGGUGUUUGUCUAUGUGUGCUGCAGCUAGCUUUUAGCUAAUGUAACCAGAUAUGAGAAGUGAGCUCAUCCGCCCCCUUUUUUGCUUUUGUUGGUUUGUUUGUUUUGUUUUGUUUGCUUGUUUUUUGAUCAUCACCGGAGAUUUAUGAAUAGAACACAGUGUAAAAGCACGCUUCCCGUGUGGGUUAAAGUCCUCCAGUGCCUGCAAGUUCAUCACAUUUAUAUGCAGGCCUGAUUGGUUUUGACAUUUUCCAUCACAGUUCACUCAGCCCCUUCAUUUUAAGGUUUACUAGGCUGACUUUAAGGUUGUGACCAUUGUGAUUAACCACACUCAUCUUAGAAUGUAUUUGCUCAAAGAAGCAAAGUAGUUAUUUCACGUGUAACUUUACAUCAAACCACAGAGAACGACAGAUUCUGUGGUGGUUAAGUUAGAAUGUUUAUAUCCAGGGUUCCUUUGGGAGUAAGUUUGUAACAUUUCAUAAUUAAUGUAGUCAUAUUACAUUCUCCAAUUGCUUCAUGCCACACAGGCCAAGCUUCUCAUCUGCUCAAACAUCCCAACAAUUCGGUAAUCAAUUUCUAUUUUUUGUUCUGUCCUCUUAAAAUGGAUCUGUUGUCACAAAACAUCACUUGUUUGAAAAAAAAAAAAAAGUUCAUCUCA